GGAAGGAGUAAAAGGAAAAGAGAAAGAGAAGAAAAAGAAAAAAUUACAUCCUCUCCACUUGCAUGAGGCCUUAGCCUUACUAAUCUGUAUUAUCAUUUAAUUACAGCAAGGGAGAAACAUGACCACAUUAGCCAAUUUUACACAAACACUGGAGGAUGUCUUCAGAAAGAUUUUCGUUACUUAUAUGGACAACUGGAGGAGGAACACGACAGCCGAAGAACAGGCGCUUCAGGCCAGAGUUGAUGCUGAGAACUUCUACUACGUCAUCCUGUACCUCAUGGUGAUGAUUGGCAUGUUCUCCUUCAUCGUGGUGGCCAUCCUGGUGAGCACGGUGAAGUCGAAGCGGCGGGAGCAUUCCCAGGACCCCUACCACCAGUACAUCGUGGAGGAUUGGCAAGAGAAGUACAAAAGUCAGAUCUUGCAUCUGGAAGAACCCAAGGCCACCAUUCAUGAGAACAUGGGGGCAACAGGGUUCUCAGUGUCGCCCUGA